GAUUGGCGGGAGGGACUCGCACCGACUAGCCACGUGGAAAGCCGAGUAUCACCAGAGCGCCAGUUGGAAUUCACGACCACCAAUGUUCUCCAGAUUAGCUCUGCGACUGCCUGCACGCCCGCUCGCGCGACGGAUAUCAACGACAUGUCCUCGCCAAUCAGAUGCUCUAUUUGUGCAUCGGGACACACCGUAUAACAAUCCCAAGAUUGCAUUUGAAUUCAACGCCGACAACCUGACGCGAGCGAAAGAAAUCAUUGCCAGGUACCCACCUCAGUACAAGAAAGCGGCGGUAAUUCCCCUCCUAGACCUCGGACAGCGACAGAACAAGGGAUGGACGAGCAUCAGUGUCAUGAAUUAUGUGGCAAAGCUCCUCGAAAUGCCGCCUAUGCGGGUGUAUGAAGUGGCUACUUUUUAUACCAUGUUCAACCGUGAACCGAUAGGCGAAAACUUUGUUCAAGUUUGCACGACGACUCCUUGUAUGCUGCGCGGUUCGACCGACAUCCUGAAUACCGUAUGCAAUCAUCUCGGAGGUAUACAUCCUGGCCAGACGACAAAGGAUGGCAAGUUCACAGUGGUCGAAGUGGAAUGUCAGGGCGCCUGUAGCAAUGCACCAAUGAUAGUCGUUGGUGACGAUUUCUACGAGGACUUGACCCCCGAAUCCACUAAACGUAUUUUGGACGCCUUUGCUAAGGGUGAAAAGCCUAAAGCUGGACCCCAGAGUGGGCGUCAAACAAGCGAAAAUUCGGCGGGCCUGACAGCGCUUACUACAAAGCCAUAUGGUCCUGGAGAGUUCUGCUCCCCUGAGUUUCAAUGAAUGUCCAGGUGUCAUUAAUAUAUACGGAAAGUCCUAAACCGAAUGUCCUUCCAUUGUGUGAUUUCAUGGCAGUGUUUCGAACGCCGUUGUCAAAGCAUUGGUAUCUCAGUCAUCUCCUUCACCGUCGUCAUAGCCGUAUACUCCCUCCCCUACUUCAGGAAGUCGAGUUAUCAUAAAUCUAGAGCCGACCAUGAGAAAUCAGCCGAUUCCAUAAUAAAGAAGCUUACGCGAUU